GAUCACACGACGCAGACCGAUGACGGCUACUAUCUUCUAUUCAAGUCUCCGGGCACCAAGGGAAACAAGACAUCAUUUACGUUGCGAGAGCCCCUGCGGUACGGAUUGCGUGUCACUCUGGUACUUCCUGCCCAAACUCUCAAAUGGGAUUGUGCUCUAUGUGCAAGAUCAAGCAAUACUCAACGGGAGUGGUGCCUGGAAGCGUUACCAGUGGCGGCAAUCAAUACAGUGGGACGAUACCAUUACUGCUGUUUCUGGAACGAACGGAGACGGCUUCGUUGCCAUCGACGAUGUGCUGAUCAGCGAGCAAUGUAAUCCAAGGACACGGUCGACACAAAGGUUUGAUUGUGGCAACAAGACUGUGACGAUAGAGCGUGUGUGUGACUUCGUGACCGACUGCGAAAACGGCGAAGACGAGCGAAACUGCGGCGAUUGCGACUUCAGCAAAGGCCUGUGCGGCUGGAUCUCCGACGGCUCUCUGAACCGUGGCACGACGGCAUGGCGCCGCAAAGCGGUAGGCGAAGUCGAGAACUCACCGCUCACCAACCCACGCAACAGUCGCAAUGGAUAUUACCUGCUGCUUCAUUCAAAUGCAACGGGGCCUUCUCGAAGAGUUACGCGUGCAAGCAUCGCUUCUCCAGUUAUAAGGAACACCAACAAACUGUGCACGCUCACUUUCUGGUACAACUUCAUUUUGAACGGUACAAGAAUGGACAUCGACCUGAUGAUGAGGGUUGGCGGGUAUAAUUUGCCAGUGUGGACUCUUAGUGCGCUUAGUGAGACCCCUCAAGAAGGUACCUGGAAUUUCGAACUGGUAGACAUAGGCCGCUAUCCGUCAGAAAUCAGCCUUUCUUUCUCCGGCGUUCACUAUAUGCCAGGGCGCUCUAUGUUCGCUGUGGAUGAAAUCGAGUACCAUGACUGUGCUUUGCCAGCUAAACGAGAAAACUGCUCCGAAAUCGAAUUCCGCUGCGCCAACGGAGCUUGUGUGAUGGGAUACGAGCGCUGCAACUACGUGGACGACUGCGGGGACAACAGCGACGAGGAGAAUUGCGGUGACCACCGACUCAGUUGCAACUUCGACUCCUCCUUCUGCGACUGGGUGCCCCAGGCGCCUACAGACAAAACGAAGAAAACAUGGAGAUUGAUGCGUCCAUCGGCGUUCCUCUUGCAUUCACCGACAAGGGACCACACGACGGGGACACCAGAUGGGCUUUUCAUAAUUGUCCAAGCGUCUACAACAACAAACGCAACCAUCAUAGGUCCGACACUUGACAACUCGACGUUUUGUGCAGUAACGUUUUUCUACGCUAUGCAAGGAAAAAGCGAGCCGUUGCUCAAACUCGUGUUUCGCACAACGAGAGACGGACCGUGGACAACUGCGUGGAGCCAGCGAAUGCCGAGCGACUUCUUUCACUUUGUUGGCCUCAGCAUACCAUUCCCGAGAAGGGCUCCUUACCAGGUGGCCUUCAUAGGACAACAUAGGAUACCUGGCAAGCAAGGCUACAUAGCUAUUGACGACGUCCAUUUCUUUGAGAGCUGCAAGACGAAAAUCGAACGCCUACCAGCGACCCCAGUACCAACCACACCACCAUUCACAUGCGAUGUAAAGGAAUUCCAAUGCACCGGUAUCAAAGAAUGCAUUGCAAUGUCCAAAGUAUGCGAUUUCAAGGAGGACUGUUCCAACGGAGCUGACGAAUCUCGAUGCGGGUCCUGCGCGUUUACAACGGACUUGUGCGGCUUGGAGAACGAGGACUCGGGCGCACGCUUCGGUUGGAACUGGACUACAGUGGAAGACGGCAAGAAGAAACAAGGCUUCCCUACCACCGACAGUCAAUCAAAUGUACAAGGAGCAUAUGCAGCGUAUUCACUGCUUAACCCAGAAGUUCCACCUGACCAAAUGAAGGGUUUGGCUACACCGCCGCUAGGACAAAUCGCGCACUCCUGUAUGGUGAAUUUCUAUGCUUACCUUCCGAGUAAACCUACAGCAUGGCUAAUGUUCGGGGUGCGUCCGCCUCCGGCGAACAACAACCAGCAACGUUCAUUGACGCUUCUUGGCGCAGUGAAAGGAACGCAAGUGAAAGGUCAAUGGAGAAAGAUCUUCACAAAAGUAGGAAAUUGGGGCGCUGGAGCCAGGUUCGUGUACAUGGCCAACACCCCAGGCGUGAGCAUCGACCACCCCGAGUAUAACAUGUGCCACCCAGACUCUCAAAGUGAAGGAAGGGAAGCUGCCGAAAAGGUAAGCUGCACCUUCUCCAAUCCGGCCAACUGCGGCUGGUUCCCGGAGAACCAGGUCACUGACACCAAGUGGGUUCUCUACUCUGGAGGUUCCGGGUAUCCUGGGCUCAAUUGGCAGCCCUCCGACAGUGAUUCCCACGAAGGAGCCUAUGUGUUUGCUCGGAACAUGCUUUCUGGUAUUAGGACUGCCCACCUAGUUUCAGUCCAGAUGAGCCCGACUCCAGACACUGGUCGUUGUUUCACGUUUUGGUACAACAUGUGGCACCCAAACGUUGGCUACUUGAACCUUCUACAGCGUGUGGGUAACGCAUCCACCAGCCUGCUGUGGACCCGCUCGGGACCUCAGGGAAAAGAGUGGAAGCGAGGUCAAGUGCAACUGCACUCAGAAGAUCCCCACCAGCUUGUCUUUGAAGCCAAGCUCAGGCCCAGAAUUCCCGGCAUGAUCGCCAUUGACAACUUCGUCCUCAACGACAACCGCUGCAGCAGCGACAAAUAUGGGGCGUGCAACUUCGAGUCCGACUCGUGUGGAUGGGUACUGCACAACUGGGAACGUACAAGUGGAAGCAGCAGUGUGUUGCCUGCAGUUGAUCAAUCCACUAUGUCGCCUUCAGGAAGCUACGCCCUCGCGAAGGCUCCUGGCGGCCGUAUGGUGAGCCCUCGAAGCUGGUACGAUGCCACUCAGCAGAUGUGCCUCCGCUUUUGGUUCUUCCUCACUGGCACCCGUGCGGAAAUGCUGAAUGUCACCCGACUGAUCAACCAAGACCAAGAGGAGUCGCUCUGGCUUGGCACUGCAUUUAGCGCCACAAGCCGAACGUGGUAUCAAGCGUCUGCUAACCUGGCCGUUUACAAGGAAACACCUACGAUUGUCUUCGAUGCAACGACCUCCGGUGACCCGGCAGCAACUGUAGCCGUAGACGACAUCACCCUGGGCAAUGUGCCUUGUCCUCCCCCCGGGAGCUGCUCCUUCGAAGAGGAUAUGUGUAACUGGUUCAACAACAAGGGUCUGACCAACGCACAAUGGUACCGACACCGUGGUGCAACGGUUUCCAACUCAAGUGGAGUGGAGAAGGACCACACGUUGGGCACAACUGAUGGCUACUACCUUCUGCUCGACGCAGAUGACCUGGCAAAGGCUCCUGCUGGCAGUGUACAGAGUCAGAAUCUGCCGCUGGGUCCUUCGGCAUGCUUCAAGCUUUACUAUUUUAUGAAAAAAGAUUCUGGAGCAUCGGUGACUGUUGCGUUCAUCGGCCACACUGGGGAAUUAGCCGGCCGUCCACAGAUAGUGCAAGCCACUGAGCCAAGUCAGUGGACACCUCUCUCAAUUGAACGCUCCGAUCUUCCCCAAGUCUUCUCGGUUGUAAUCACUGGCCAGACUGCACGUGGUCGUAGUGACGUCGCCAUUGAUGACAUCGACGUGCGCCGUGGCAAAUGCGAAGGGACACCGCUACCCACGAAAGCCCCAGCAACCGAAACCACUAGUCCUGUUGAAACUACAACACCAGCAGUUUCGGAGCCGGUGUCCACGCAGCAGGCUACUUCAGCAGAGCCGCCUCCUCUGACUACAGAAGUGGUUACACCGGAACCGAGGACUAGUGAAUCUCCAGCUCCUCCACAGCCGAAGCCUGCCUUGGCAUGCCGUCGCGGCGAGUUCAACUGCAGAGAUGGUAGCACUUGCAUUCCAGCGGCACUGCUUUGUGAUGGCGUUAACGACUGUCCAAAUGGACUUGACGAGAAGUGUGGAGGCACCAUGCCAUGCAAGGAAAAUGAAUUCUUCUGUGUAACUCGCUCUCCCAGCGCUUGCCUUCCCCGUUCUUUACUCUGUGAUGGUAACGAGGACUGCGUUGGAGGAUCCGAUGAGUCAUUAUGCCGUGCGUGCCCACCUUACUUGUGCUUGAACGAUGCAAUAUGUGGAUGGACACCACAAGCACCGAGCCCCACCUGUGACUGUGGUCAGGGAUACGAAGGCCGUCGCUGCAAUUUGUUGGCCAACAGUCUACCGGAAGCCGACAAUCUGACAGGAAAAGAUUCUGGAUCUGCUGCCGGCAUUGUUACAGGCGUACUUGUUGUUUUGGCUAUCAUUCUUAUAGCCGCAGUCGCCGCAUUCGUUGUGAUCCGCAGAAGACGCAACGCAGAGAACUCCCCAGUCUUUCUCGACAAUCCAUCAUACGAUGCUUCAACUGAUGAAACAAGGAUCUUCAACUGACGGGCCAAAUUACUGCAAGAAUAAUGGGACGUGACAGGGUCAUGGAACUUUAACACACUGUACAAAGCAAAGGGUGGACCCCUAUUUAUACUGUUUACAUGUUAUGUUGUUUAUAUGUUCACACCCAGACAUAUUCAUCAGCAGAAAGAAUAAAAAAGCUAGAGUAAUGCUGUGA